AUGUUAAAAAGCAAAAACUAUGUUUACGUUAAAUUAACCUGUUCGGAUUCCAGUAAUACGCCAUCUCAACUAUACGGAAUUCCUCGUACGUUAAGCAGAAAGGAAAAAAUGGCAAGAGAAACGAAUUUAAUAAAGAUCAUUGGUGAAGAUAACUUUCAAAAAUUGCGGUCUUCCAAAUGUCUCUUGGUUGGUGCUGGAGGCAUAGGGUCCGAACUAUUGAAAGACUUGAUCCUGAUGGAAUUCGGUGAGAUACAUAUUGUGGAUCUGGACACUAUUGACUUGUCUAACUUGAAUAGGCAGUUUCUCUUCAGACAAAAAGAUAUCAAGCAGCCCAAAUCCACCACGGCUGUGAAGGCGGUCCAACAUUUCAACAACUCUAAACUGGUGCCUUAUCAAGGAAACGUUAUGGACACUUCCACUUUUCCCCUACACUGGUUUGAGCAAUUCGACAUUAUCUUCAAUGCCCUUGAUAACCUGGCUGCAAGGCGUUACGUUAAUAAAAUGUCCCAAUUUUUGUCGCUCCCUUUACUAGAGUCUGGGACGGCUGGGUUUGAUGGCUAUAUGCAGCCAAUUAUUCCUGGGCAGACAGAAUGUUUUGAAUGUACCAAGAAAGAAACUCCAAAGACUUUCCCCGUGUGUACCAUCAGAUCGACACCAUCCCAACCAAUCCAUUGUAUUGUUUGGGCAAAAAACUUUCUAUUUAACCAGCUGUUUGCCUCAGAUGCUUCUGAAAACGAAGAAGGCAAUAAGGAUUGGGGUACGGACGACGCUGAGGAAAUCAAACGUAUCAAACAAGAAACUAAUGAACUACAUGAGCUACAGAAAAUUAUCAUCUCCAAAGAUGAAUCCCGUGUCCCUGAGAUCCUUCACAAAUUGUUUAUUCAAGACAUAAACAAAUUAUUAGCUAUUGAAAAUCUAUGGAAAACAAGAACUAAACCAACGCCGUUGUCCGAUUCUCAGAUAAGGGGGUCUUCCAAGAUAAAUAAAUUUGAUUCGAACUCUGUUGGAACAAUACACGAACAGAUCAACCACUUCAUUAAAAUCACUCAAAAGCUAAUGAAUCGUUAUGCUACGGAGCAGAGCCAUAUUGAUUUUGACAAAGACGAUGCUGAUACAUUGGAAUUCGUUGUAACAGCAGCAAAUAUAAGAUCUCACAUUUUCAACAUACCAAUGAAGUCUGUAUUUGACAUUAAGCAAAUUGCAGGUAACAUCAUCCCGGCCAUAGCAACGACAAAUGCUAUCAUUGCCGGUUUAUCAUCAUUAAUUUCAUUGCGUGUUCUAAACCUUCUGAAAUAUGCACCAGUUAGCAAAUUCACUGACUUGAAUAUGACUUUUACCGCCAAGGCAAGCAAUUUGUCUCAAAAUCGGUAUUUGUCAAAUCCUAAAUUAGCACCACCAAACUGUAAUUGUCCUGUGUGUUCCAGAGUAAGUAGAGGGGUUAUUAAAUUGUCACCUGAUCAGCUGAAGAAAAUAAAAUUGUCUGAUCUGAUCAGCUUAAUACGUGACAAAUACGAUUAUCCGGAGGAUAUCUCACUACUGGAUGCAAGUGAUCAAAGACUAUUGGCCGAUUAUGACUUUGAAGAUUUGAAUGGUCGCACUUUGUCUGAAGUUAAUCUAGGCAACGGAUCUAUAAUAUUAUUUUCCGACGAAGAAGGUGACACAAUGGUUCGUAAAUCCAUUGAGCUAUACUUCGAUGUAAAUGAUGCAUUUCCUCAUGAUACGUGUAAGUUACCAGAUAUACGGAUCCCACUAGUCAAAUCAAGCGAAACUUCGUCAAAUGGUGACGAGGACGAAGAUAAUGACGUAGCUACCACUACGGAUAAACAGGAAGAUGGUGGUAUCGUAAUACUAGAUGAAGAUGAAGGUGAAAUUGAAUUGGCGACCGACCCGUUAGAUGACUCGAAGAAAAGGUCGGCUAAUCUUGAAGGUUUUGGUGAACCCAGCAGCAAAAGGAAAAAGUUGACAAAUGAAUCUGCUGAUUCUGAUAUUAUUGAACUAGACUAA